AGUGUGUUGCUGUGUUAUAAUGUUCCAGCUCAGCCUCACAUACCCAUUCUGAGGAGAGGAUUAUAUAAUCUAUUUCCCACCUGCCAAGAUCCUGGUACCCCAUUACAUGACUGUAGUGUGCAAUUUGACUUGCCUGGAAUGCCUCUCAUCACUGAUGUCACAUUAGGAGUUGCCAUAGUAACCUCUCCAAGAAUAGUUAUGUGAUGCCACCCAGUGAAUCAGCUGCUCACUUCUUACCUGUGAUUGAAAAAGAAUGAACACCGUAGAUUAUUUGGCCUUCCCUGCAAUAGUAAGCAAUCAAAGAAAAAAUAACACUUUGAAGAUAAAAUGGGACAACUACCACUACCAAUGCCACAUGUCACGAGUGAGAAAUGGAUUAGACAAUGGGGUCAAGAGCCACGAUUUGUUGGUAUAACCUGCAUCGCCUAUGGAAAUGAAAAAAAUGCCAAAUCUGAAAUUGACAAUAAGCCUCCCUGGAUACCUUUACAUCACUGUAUUCAAAUGAAAAAAAUCCAGAUGGAAAAAGAAAGACUUGCUGUGAUAGAAAGGGCUAACCAGCUGCUGCUGGGGAAAAUCUCUCAGAUCAUGCGCGGCCCAGGUGCAGUGGACAACUGGAACACUUGUUAUUUAUGGAGUCUUAGUAGAAGGAAAUGCAACAAAGACAUUGUGAGGAUCACUACAGAGAACCAGAAAAUAUACAAGAGGAUUGAAGAAAGCAAACCAAGCUAUGAUCACAAGAAAUGGGAAGAUGAGUGGAAGGAUAGAAGAAUGAGAUGAAAACCAUCUCUUAGACCGCGGUGACUUCCAGGAACCUUGACUUUCCUCUUUAUCCUUAGCAGCAAGGUUAAAUAAAAAUAGGUGCAUUGUGAAAUAAA